AUGUCUAACAUCCGGAAGAACAAGUUUUUUACAACCAUUUUCUCCUCCACCGCCGGCUGUGGCGGCUGUCAAAAGCCAAAACUCUCUGACAUCGUCCAACCUGACAAGAAACCCCCCACCACCAUCGUCAGACGCUCCUCUUCAAGCUCCAGCACUGAUCAGAACGGCACCUUCUCUCUCGACGAAGACUACACCAGCUCCGCUUCCAAAUCCACGGGAACCCAAAGCCCGGUGGCUAUUCUCAUCGGCGACAGCAUCGCGGUCGAGAAGGAUUCCGACGACCCAUACGAGGAUUUUCGGGGAUCGAUGGUUGAGAUGAUAGUGGAGAAGAGAAUUUACUCUCCCAACGGCCUUCAAGAGCUUCUGAAUUGCUUCCUCCAUCUCAAUUCUCCUUACCACCACGAAAUAAUCGUGAAAGCGUUCACUCAAAUUUCAAAUGAGUUUGAAUCGUCCCACCGUCUUUGGAAUAUGUCUAAUAAUACGGACUGGAAAAGGCGGUCCGGCGGUGAAGGUUGA